AUGGCGCACAAAUUUACUGUAAAAGAAGUGCAUGUUAAAAUACGGAAUCUUACACAAAAGUAUAGAGAGGAAAAGAAAAAAGUUGGGCCCUCGGGGGGCAGCCCAUCGCUGUGGAAACAUUUUGAUGCGGUCCAUCAAAUUAUCGGACUGACAGCAGCCAAUACUGCUGAAGUAUUCGAAUCAUUUACUGUGUAAUGACAUUGACGACAUCAGCAGUGGGUAGUGGGUAUCUACAAGUAAAAAGAGAAAUUACAUGGGCGAACUAAUAAAAGUGGCAAAAGAACAAAACGAAUUGCUGAAGACAGUGGAGGAGGACGGGAAAAUAUUGGGGUUGUUACUGCAAUCGACCAACAAAGUAGUAAUUUAUAGGUAUUAUGAAAAAUGUUUUAGAAAAAAUGUGAUAAUGAUAAAAAUGAA